UGCCUCGGGCCUCUUUCCGGCCCUGGGGGCUGAGGCCCUCGCGGGGCCUCCCCGGGUCCCAUGCCCUUUCUACCCAGUCCGAGCCCUACGGGUCCCCCACCUCCUGGAGGAACCGCGAAGCCAAACAGAAACGCCUGCGAGAGAAGCAGGCGGCGCUGGAGGCCGGGCUAGCCGGGAAGAGCAAGGCAUCUGCAGAAUCCAGCAAGGCCUGGACUCCUAAAGAAAUAGUGUUGUAUGAACUCCCCACGGAACCCGGCGAAAAGAAAGAUGUCUCCCGGCCCCUGCCUGCUGCCUACAGCCCCCGCUACGUGGAGGCGGCCUGGUACCCUUGGUGGGUGCGAGAGGGCUUCUUCAAACCGGAGUAUCAGACCAGGCUGCCCCAGAGCACCGGGGAGACCUUUUCCAUGUGCAUCCCCCCGCCCAACGUCACCGGGUCCCUGCACGUCGGGCACGCACUGACUGUGGCCAUCCAGGACGCGCUUGUGCGCUGGCACCGGAUGCGCGGGGAUUGCGUGCUGUGGGUCCCUGGCUCAGAUCAUGCAGGGAUUGCUACCCAAGCUGUGGUGGAGAAGCAGCUGUGGAAGGAGCGGGGGCUGAGGAGACACCAGCUGGGCCGGGAAGACUUCCUCCGGGAGGUGUGGAAGUGGAAGGAGGAGAAAGGGGGAGAGAUCUGUGGGCAGCUGCGAGCUCUGGGGGCCUCCCUGGACUGGGACCGAGAGUGCUUCACUAUGGACACAGGCUCCUCAGUGGCUGUGACGGAAGCUUUCGUGCGACUCCACAAGGCAGGGUUGUUGUACCGCAGCCGGCAGCUUGUCAACUGGUCGUGCGCCUUGAGGUCAGCCAUCUCGGAUGUCGAGGUGGAGAGCCGGUCCCUGCCUGGCCCCACAGAGCUUCGGCUGCCUGGCUGCCCCACGCCUGUGUCUUUCGGCCUCCUGGUCUCUGUGGCCUUCCCCGUGGAUGGAGAGCCUGACGCAGAGGUCGUGGUAGGGACCACGAGACCAGAGACAUUGCCUGGAGACGUGGCAGUGGCUGUUCAUCCCGAUGACGCCCGAUACACACAUCUACAUGGGCGACACCUUCGUCACCCCUUGACAGGGCAGCUUCUCCCGCUCAUCACAGACUCUGCUGUCCAGUCGCACGUGGGCACGGGGGCAGUGAAGGUGACUCCAGCGCACAGCCCUGCUGACGCCGAGCUGGGGGCCCGCCACGGCCUGCGCCCCCUGAGUGUCAUUGUGGAGGAUGGGACCAUGGCCCCUGCCUGUGGGGACUGGCUGCAGGGUCUGCACCGCUUCGUGGCCCGGGAGAAGAUCCUGUCCGCGCUGAGGGAGCGGGGCCUGCUCCGGGGCCUGCAGAGCCACCCCAUGGUGCUGCCCAUUUGCAGGUGGUUCCGGUUCUGUUUGGCAGACCCCGAUGUCCUGGACACGUGGUUCUCUUCAGCUCUUUUCCCCUUUUCUUCCCUGGGCUGGCCUCAGCAGACCCCAGACCUCACUCGCUUCUACCCCCUGUCACUUCUGGAGACCGGCAGCGACCUCCUGCUGUUCUGGGUGGGCCGCAUGGUCAUGCUGGGGACCCAGCUCACGGGGCAGCUCCCCUUCAGCAAGGUGCUUCUGCACUCCAUGGUUCGGGACAGGCAGGGCCGGAAGAUGAGCAAGUCCCUGGGGAACGUGCUGGACCCACGGGACAUCAUCCGAGGGGCGGAGCUGCAGGUGCUGCAGGAGAAGCUGAGGGAUGGGAACUUGGACCCCGCAGAGCUGGCGAUCGCAGCUGCAGCGCAGAGAAAGGACUUCCCUCAUGGGAUCCCCGAGUGUGGGACAGAUGCCCUACGCUUCGCCCUGUGCUCCCAUGGGGCCCUGGCGGGGGACCUGCACCUGUCUGUCUCUGAGGUCCUGAGCUCCCGACAUUUCUGCAACAAGGUCUGGAACGCCCUGCGCUUUAUCUUCAGCGCCCUAGGGGAGAACUUCACGCCGCAGCCUGCAGAGGAGCUGUGCCCCGCGUCCCCCAUGGACGCCUGGAUCCUGAGCCGCCUGGCCCGCACCGCCCGGGAGUGCGAGCGAGGCUUCCUCACCCGGGAGCUGCCCCUUGCCACCCAUGCCCUACACCACUUCUGGCUCCACAGCCUCUGUGAUGUCUACUUGGAGGCCGUGAAGCCGGGGCUGUCGCACUGCCCCCGCCCGCCUGGCCCCAGCAUCUCUGUUGCCCCCUAUCCCAGUGCCCAAAGCCUGGAGCGCUGGCACUGCCCCCAGCUGGAGCAGCGCUUUUCCCGGGUCCAGGAGGCCGUGCAGGCGCUGAGGGCUCUCCGGGCCACGUACCAGCUCACCAAGGCCCGGCCCCGAGUGCUGCUGCAGAGCUCCGAGCCUGGAGAGCAGGGUGUCUUCGAGGCCUUCCUGGAGCCGCUGAGCACCCUGGGCCGCUGCGGGGCUGUGGGCCUCCUGCCCGCAGGUGCAGCCGCCCCCUCCGGCUGGGCCCAGGCCCCGCUCAGUGACAGCGUUCAGGUCUACAUGGAGCUGCAGGGCCUGGUGGACCCGCAGGCCCAUCUGCCUCUGCUGGCUGCCCGAAGGCACAAGUUGCAGAAGCAGCUGGACGGCCUCGUGGCCCGGACGCCGUCAGAGGGGGAGGCUGAGGCUCGGCGGCAGCAGAGGCUUGCUUCCCUCCACCUGGAAUUGUCGAAACUGGACCAGGCGGCCUCUCACCUCAGGCAGCUGAUGGCGGCGUCUCCCAGCCCCAGGGAACCGUGAGCCCUCGCACCUGGCGCUUCUCCGCCGCCAGACCUGCCUGCGAGGACAGACUGAUCCUGCAGCCCCCGGGGGCCUCGGAACCCCUGUGGUGCCCCUCGCUCCCGGGAGCAGACCAGCAUGGCCACUCGACGCUCGCACUCCUGCCACUGCCCAGUGCAGCCCCACCGGGAAGCUUGGGCGCAAGGAAGGCAGAUAAACUUAGUCUCAAACGCGUCUGCCUGUGGUUCUUUUGUCCCUCUUUCCCCCAGUGAUGACUCUUGCCUCUCACUUGUCCCCGAGGUUCUUGCCGGGACAGGAGGGCUGCCUCGCUGAAGGGAAGCGGAGCUUUCUCGUGCAGGCACAGUGACACAGUCCACUACUGCCGGGUCUGCUGACAGUGCCGCUGCUCCUGCCUGCCCUUCCCUUCUCCUUGCCCCUCUGGUGGGGGCUGAGAGGAGCAGGGACUUCUUCCAGGCCGGAGGGGCUGCCGGGAGCGCGCCCCACUCUGCUGAGAUGCGUGCAGGGACGCUGCCGUCCCUGACGGGCACACAGAUGUGCAGACGCCCACCGCCCACCCCAGCUGCUGCCUCGUGGCAGUGGUGUUCAGGGCCUGGCCCUUCCAGGCCCAAUUCCAUGGUGGCCGCUCGCAGCUGCGCCCGCCCUGGUACUGCUUAACCCUGAGACCUCAGAGUUGGGGGCGUUCUCUCCAUUUCUGAGAUGAAGGAAUGUGCUCAGAGAUUAAAAGUAGUUUGUGUAAAAAGUA